ACCAUAUAGCUAGUACUAAAUUGACUUCUUCCAGGUUUCUCACUUACAAAUAGUAUGUAAAUAGAUCUAAUCUUCCGUGGAACCAACACAAACUGCUCUGCCAAUAUCAAUGUCCAUCUCCUUAUCCUCGUGGUUUACAGCUUUCUCAUAGCUCAUCAUUGCUUUUCGCUGGAUUUCACUUUCGUACUUGAUAAUCAUCUCUGCCACAAACUCUCUUUUCUAUUUCUGUCUCUUUGUUUCGUCCCUCAGAAUUUUCAAGAACCAGUAUCUAUUUGGAUUGAGAAAUAUGGCAAGGACAACAGGCAACAAGAAUAUACAAGCCAAGCUGGUGGGUACUUCUUGGGGACAUGGGAACCGGAAAAACCAGUUUGGUAUUGAGAUUUGUCAAAGGCCAGUUUUUCGAUUACCAGGAAUCAACCAUUGGAGCAGCCUUCUUCACUCAGGUCUUGUCACUAAAUGAAGCCACAAUAAAAUUUGAUAUAUGGGACACAGCAGGACAGGAGCGAUACCAUAGUUUGGCUCCUAUGUACUAUCGUGGUGCAGCUGCAGCAGUUGUGGUUUAUGACAUUACAAGCAUGGAAUCAUUUGAACGGGCCAAAAAGUGGGUUCAAGAAUUGCAAAGACAAGGAAAUCCAAAUUUGAUAAUGUUCUUGGCGGCUAACAAGGCUGACUUGGAAGAGAAGAGAAAAGUGGGAGUCGAGGAUGGUGAGCAAUAUGCAAAAGAAAAUGGUUUGGUUUUUCUUGAAACAUCUGCAAAAACUGCACAGAAUGUGAACGAGCUGUUCUAUGAAAUAGCAAAGAGAUUGGCAAAAGCUAGCCCUUCACGUCAAACUGGAAUGAAAUUACACAGUAGAUCGCAAGAAAGUGGGAGAAGACUGUUUUGCUGCUCUGGAUGAUACCCAUACUUGCUAUUUAACUGUUUUCCUCGAUCAUUGGUAAGGACAUCCCUGGAUCUGAUGGAAAUUCAUCGUGGCUGAUCAAAGGUGAACUGGUAUCGAAGCUGCACAAACAUGUUGUAAGAAUAUUUGUUCUAUGUACAUUUUGAGAUCUCAUUAGAAAAGCUUGUGACACUUACAGACAUUUUACAUGCUCCUGUACGUGCAAGAGUGAUUAUGGAACUUGAAAGUCAAUAAAUACAGCAGUAAGAAGUGUCAUAGCUAAAGAACAAAA